UGUUCAUGGCGUUCUGAGGCAGCAAGCUGGACAUUUUUCAGUUGUUGCCCAGUCCCCACCCCACUAUAGCCUGCCCCCGAAUGCUCAGGCGGAAGUGUGUGUGUUCACUCCAUUCAUGUUUAAAGGGAUUCUUCUCAGUUUCGACAACACGCGUCUUCACGGCCAGGGUACACCACGUACAAUUCUGGUACCUCAAGAUCCUGUGCAAGAAGAAAGGCCUCAUGGAAAUAAUGUUGUGGAUUCUAAGAUACCGUGGAAACAUUCGCAGAAUGGACUGAGAAGUUUUUUUUUUCUUGGAGGUUAAAGAAAGCCAGUGGAAAAAUACAGUAUAUUUUGGGGGUAAAGGGCUGCUUGGUAAUUACAUGUGUGUUUCAACCAAUCUAACACAGGCUCGCUGGUGGUGGGGAUGUGUUAAAACAGAAGACAUACAAAACAAGAGCUGGGUGUAUUAAAAAAAAAUCGAUACGGCGUAACUGUGGAAGAUCGUAUUACAACUGAUCAAAUGCUUGAAUGAAUUAUUUAAUUGCUCAGGACAGACCUUGCUCGUUUUACGUGCUUGACGUUGGAAAAGUGGAUCUGAUGGUGGACUAGAAAGAAACAUUUUUUUUCUCUCUCUAUCUGAAAUAUCAAAUCAAAGAGAUGGUGAUUUCAGAAAUGUGUAUUGGUGUGUAACCCUCGUCGUCAUGCGGUGUUGGGGGAGGAUCGGAGCAGGAACCUCACAUUGGAUUUCAUGUUUUGCAACAAUGUUGCUUCUGCAUCUAGCAGGAUUAUAUUAAAAAUCAUGCAACAAAAUGAUACGUAAUCAUUAACAGGAAAGAUAGUUUGCACUAUUUAACAGUUUGGGGAAAACAAUUAAAGCAAGGGACUAUUGCAUCUAAUUUGAAAAUUAAUUAUUACAGUUAUUAUUAAGCAAACAUCUAAACGGGUCUGUUCAUUUUUAAUAAUGGAAAAAUAAAAACAAGCGCGUUGAAACAAUUCCGAAAGUACGCGCGGUUUUGCCAUGAAAAGAUUGUACACUGUUAAUUGUUAAUUUCAGGACAUUUUUAUUUAUCAAUUAAAUCAGAGAAGCUUGUAUUACCCGGAAAAAUAACUAUAAGCAGUUUGGAUUACCCGAUAUUAUUGGCCCCAAUGUAACAUUUUUCAUAAUUAUUUUUUUUUUCUUUUACAUUAGUUGCUAUGGCGUCGUUUCCAGAUUCCGAUCUGCAGACAUGCCCCCUUUGCAAGGAAAUGUGCGGCUCCUCCGCACCGAUCUCCUCCAAUUCAUCUACCUCAUCUUCCUCAUCUCAGACCUCUAGCUCUUCUACCUCAUCCUCCAGGAGGCUCCACGUCCUGCCCUGCCUUCAUGCCUUCUGUAGGCAGUGCCUGGAAGGGCAGCGGAGCCCCGGUGACCCCCUCAAACUCAAAUGCCCGACGUGUGACCAAAAGGUCUCCAUCUCCGAGUCCGGGGUGGAAGCCUUGCCAUCCUCCAAUUUCCUUUUAAACAAUCUCCUGGACGUGGUGGUGUCCUCUGAAGAACAGAACAAGAACGGCUGCCGGAGUAACAAACACUCUCACGGCCUGCUCGGGACUCACCAUCUCGGGGAGGCACAGUGCAGCUCAUGCGAUGAAGGCAACCCCGCUACCUCACAUUGCCUGGAUUGCCAGGAGUACCUCUGCGAUAACUGCGUCCGAGCCCACCAGCGAGUUCGCCUAACCAAAGACCACUUUAUUGAAAGGUUUAUAGAUAGCUUGCAAAUGGCGAGCCGGAACAGUAACUCAAAUAAUACCCCUAUAACCCUUUCCCAGUCCUUCCAUUCUGCUUACCCACUGAUGCCAGUCUUUCAAGACCGGAUGAGCUUCUGCCAGCAGCAUGAUAAUGAGGUGUUUCGGUUCUUUUGUGACACAUGCUCGGUGCCUAUCUGUCGGGAGUGCAGUGUUGGGAGACACGUGGGGCACAGUUUCAUCUACCUCCAUGAUGCCGUCCAGGACUCCAAGGCCAUUACCAUCCAGCUGCUGGCUGACGCACAGCAAGGGCGCCAGGCUGUGCAGCUGAGUAUCGAGAAGGCCCAAGCUAUAGCAGAACAGGUUGAGAUAAAGGCCAAGGUUGUGCAAACCGAGGUGAAAGCUGUCACUUCGAGAUAUAAGAAGGCCCUGGAAGAACGAGAAUGCGAGCUGCUCUGGAAGGUGGAGAAGAUUCGCCAGGUGAAAGCCAAGUCUCUCUACCUGCAGGUGGAGAAGCUGCACCAGAACCUCAACAAGCUGGACAGCACCAUCAAUGUGGUUCAGCAGGUGAUAGAGGAGGGCAGGAACAUGGACGUCCUGCUGGCCCGGGAGCGUAUGCUGACCCAGAUCCAGGAGCUCAAGGCCCUGCGGGGUGUCCUGCAGCCACAGGAGGAUGACCGCAUCAUGUUUACCCCACCUGAUCAGGCCCUCUUCAUUGCACUCAAGUCAAUGGGGCUGAUCAGCAGCGGCGCCUUCGCCCCAGUAACCAAAGCAACUGGUGAGGGCUUAAAGAGGGCUCUACAGGGCAAGAUGGCGUCCUUCACGGUGGUGGGCUAUGAUCACGAUGGCGAGCCCAGACUCUCUGGUGGUGAUGUCAUCUCUGCAGUGGCCAUGGGCCCAGACGGCAACCUGUUUGGGGCAGAGGUAACUGACCAUCAGAGCGGCACCUACACUGUCAACUACCUGCCCAAGCUAGAGGGCGAGCACCUUAUCUCGGUUCUCAUUUGCAACCAGCACAUCGAGGGCAGCCCAUUCAAGGUGCUGGUCAAAUCAGGUCGCAGCUAUGUGGUGGUGGGGCUGCCGAUGGCCUCAUUUGGAGGCGAGGGAGACGGAGAUGGCAAGCUGUGCCGGCCCUGGGGUAUCUGUGUAGACAAGGAGGGUUACAUUGUGGUGGCCGAUCGCAGCAACAACCGCGUUCAGAUCUUCAAGCCCUGUGGUGCCUUCCAUCACAAGUUUGGGACCCUGGGCUCGAGAGCUGGCCAGUUUGACCGACCUGCUGGCGUGGCCUGCGACAACCAAAGGAGAAUUAUUGUGGCUGACAAGGACAAUCACCGCAUUCAGGUCUUCACAUUUGAGGGACAGUUUCUCCUCAAAUUUGGGGAGAAGGGCACCAAGAAUGGGCAGUUCAACUACCCCUGGGAUGUUGCUGUCAACCCUGAAGGCAAGAUCCUUGUCUCUGACACCCGCAACCACCGCAUCCAGCUGUUCGGGCCUGAUGGAGCCUUCCUGAAUAAGUACGGCUUUGAGGGUGCCCUCUGGAAGCACUUUGACUCUCCUAGGGGAGUGGCUUUCAACCACGAGGGCCAUCUAGUGGUGACAGACUUCAACAAUCACCGGCUGCUUGUCAUCAGGCCCGACUGCCAGUCUGCCCGCUUUCUAGGUUCAGAGGGCACGGGCAACGGGCAGUUCCUGCGGCCGCAGGGGGUGGCUGUGGACCAGGAGGGGCGCAUUGUAGUUGCUGACUCCCGUAACCACAGGGUCCAGGUCUUCGAACCCAAUGGCAACUUCUUAUGCAAGUUCGGGAAUCAGGGUAAUGGCUUCGGGCAGAUGGACCGCCCAUCGGGUAUAGCCAUUACUCCUGAUGGAAUGAUUGUGGUUGUCGACUUUGGAAACAAUCGAAUCCUAGUGUUCUGAAAACCUCUUUCUGUUUUGUAAUGUAAAAAAAAGGAGAGAAAAAAGAGAUUUUAAGAUACACAGCGUUGUUUGAUGGGGGCAGUCAUUUAAGCAAGGGUUGCUGUAGGUUUAAACUGGUGUUCCACUGAGGGAUAUGGCACUCCAUCAGUCUGAACAACUGAUGAUUUUGUUGAUGUUCUCUAUAGCAGUUGAAUGUGUGUAUUGAGUUGGGGGAUUUUAUCUCGGAGAACAGUUGACUAGAAGCAGUCAGUAGGUCAAAUGAUUUUAAUAAAGCAGAAUAGAGUGGUUUUGGACCUAUUUGUCACAUAUAGACCCUCUGGUUAUAGCUGCUAGAAACAUAAAAUUAAAUUUAAUUUGAGAAUAUACUUUUACUCUCCAGCCUAAAUCACAGCAUAAUAUGAAGAUGUGCUUCUAUUAUCAGGUAUAUACAAAAGCAGCUGCGAGAAUCUUUCCAAACUGCUUAGCUGCUGGAGCACCAUCCUCUGUAGUCUUGACUGGCCUUGCCCUUCACGUAUAUCUUAAACUCCCUUUUGCUAAUCAUCUCAGGGAAUUUCAUUGCAUUCUUAGAAUAUUUUACACUCUGCAUCAUACCUACCUCAUCUUGUUCACAUAUGAAUGUACUUGUGUUUUGUUGUGCAGAGAUUUUAGUCCGUAAAGAUUUAUAAGAAAAAAAUGUCUACCUCAAUGUUUCUUUUUUUUGAGAGAGAAAAAAAGAAACAAAGUGCUGUUUAUAUUUGCACAGCUUGCACACAUUUUCUAAAGUUACUGUGCACAUUAAGCAAUUGAAAAUACUCAGUGUUGUUGAGACAAUGUUCAGAUACAUAAAUUACAUGUUAAUGGUAGCAAGUGUGGAGACAUUUCGAUUAAUCUGUUUUUGGUUUUGCUUUUUGUAAGCUUGUUUACUACCAAAAGAUGAUAACCCUCUUGCUUACUGUGGUAAGUCAGCUUCAUACUUUAGUGAGGUAAAACCAAAUCUCCCGAAACUUUCAGACUUUCAUCACAGUCUGUUCUGUGACUUGCAAACAAGAAAAGAAACGCCUUUGGCUUUUUUAAAAUAUUAUGCCAGAAAUAAGAUCGAUAGUUCCCACUGGUGUAAGCUGGACUGAAUACCUUGUGAAACUUGGUUGGCAGCUGAGAAGUAAUACUAGCAUAAGAGAGCGUGUACAUGCAGGCUGAUUCAAAAUAGAUAAAAAAAAAAAAAGAUUUGUGUGCAAAGAGAAAAAGAACUGGAUUAAUAUUGGUGGUUGGGGGCAUUAAUAAUGAAUUUAAUUAAUGUGACAACGUUGUCAUAUAUGCAGUGUUUGCAAAUACCCCCACACUUUGUGACCUUGUUUAGUGUGUGUGUGUGUGUGUGUAUAUGUAUAUAUAUAUAUA